AUGGAUAUUUUAACUUUACUAUGGAUAAUCUCUCUGGCUUUCACAGGUUUAACUGAAGGAUCUGGUGUGCUGCCAGACGGUCCUCUGAAUGCAGCUGUGGGAGAAACAGUGAUGUUCAUCACAACACUGACUCCAGGAACAACUUUUUUAUUAGUGACCUGGAAGUUUGGUGCUAAAGAUAUAUUUACAUUCUUUGAGGGCAACAAAACUACACCAGAGUAUGAAGGCAGGAUCACCUUCUUCAGGUCUACUGGAUCUCUGGAGCUCAAGAACCUGACUCAAGCUGACAGAGGAGAUUAUUCAGUUAACAUUUUAAUAACUGGAGAAGGAUCACAGUCAGGGAUCACAACACUGGACGUAUAUGAGCCAGUCUCCAAUGUAACGGUAACCCCCAGCAGCACAGAGCUGGUGGAGUUCAACAGCUCCGUCAGUCUGUCCUGCUCCUCCUCUGGAUCCUCUCUCUCUUUCCUCUGGCUGAACAGCAGCUCUGAGGUUACAGGAAGUGACAGAGUUCAGAUCACUGAUGAAGGAUCCACUUUAACUAUAAUUAAUGUGACCCGCUACGACCAAGGACCCUUCAGCUGUCGUGUAUCUAAUCCUGUCAGUGAGGGAACCAGUGAUCCAUUAAACAUACUCAUCAUCUACUAUGGCCCAGAAAAUACUAAAUUGACAAUAUCUCCGCCCGAAAAACACCAUCAGGAAGGAUCAAACAUCGUCCUGUCCUGCUCAGCUGACUCUAACCCUCCUGCCCAGUUUCAGUGGUUUCUGAAUGGAGACCUGCUGUCUGAUGGACCAGAGCUCAAACUGAUGAACGUUCAGAUAAAUCAAAGUGGAAGCUACAGCUGUCAGGCCUUCAACGACAAGACUCUGAGAUAUGAGACGUCGAUGCCUGCAUCCAUCUCUGUACUGACAAAUGUUACCAAUGUUGUGGUAACUUCAGAACCAACAGAGCUGGUGGAGUUCAACAGCUCCGUCAGUCUGUCCUGCUCCUCCUCUGGAUCCUCUCUCUCUUUCCUCUGGCUGAACAGCAGCUCUGAGGUUACAGGAAGUGACAGAGUUCAGAUCACUGAUGGAAACUCCACUUUAACUAUAAAUAAUGUGACCCGCUACGACCAGGGACCAUUCGAGUGCUCUAAUCCUAUCAGUGAGGGAACCAGUGCUCCACUCACCAUCUACUAUGGUCCUGAAAAAACGUAUUUGACAAUAUCUCAGCCACAAAAAUAUUAUGAGAAAGGGUCAGACAUCAGCCUGAUGUGCUCAGCUGACUCCAGACCUUCUGCUGUAUUUAAGUGGUUUCUGAAUGGAGCCCUGCUGUCUGAUACUGGAUCAGAUCUCAGUCUGAUGAACGUUCAGAUCAGUCAGAGUGGGAACUACAGCUGUCAGGCCUUCAACAACAAAACUCUGAGAUAUGAAAUGUCUCAGCCUUCAGUCAUUUCUGUACUGGAGAAAGUAUCAGGCACUUCUGUCACAUCUCCAUCAAACCUGCCGAUUGAGGGGAACUCUUUCAGAUUAAUCUGUGACGCUGCUGGCUCUGUCUUUACCAGAGAGUGGAGAAAGGGUGGCUUAGAUCUGACUCUGACUGUAAACAUGACCCUCACCAACAACAACAGAGAGCUGUCUUUUAGCAGUCUGAAUAAAGAGGACAAAGGAGAUUAUUCCUGUAAUAUCAGCAACCCCCUCAGCAGCGAGGAAGCAAAGUACUCCAUGAUUGUUUACUACGGACCAGAAACAGUUCAAAUCAGAGGUCCAAGUCAGAUACAUGUUGGAGGCACAUUUAAAUUAACCUGCUUGGCUGCAUCUGUACCACCUGCAAAAUACACCUGGGUGCCGAACACCGGGGCGAUAGUCAAUUCUGCUGUGAUUUAUAGAAACAACACUGAACUCUCUGACAGUGGCAACUACUACUGUGAAGCGAGGAAUGAUAUAACCGGGAGAAGAUCAUCAGCGGUCCAUGAACUGACCGUAACACAUGAGCCAGAGCCAGGGCCAGGCCCACAAGGCUUGUCGGGUGGUGGCAUCGCUGGAAUAGUAAUCGGUGUUUUAGUCGUCCUCGGUGUUGUAGCUGCUAUUGUGUGGUACUUCUUUCAUAACAAAAAAAAACAACAACAAAGCAGAACCACAAUCAGAAACAACAACAAAGCUGAACCACCAUCUGAUAAUAAAGAACUAGAAGAGGCUGUGUAUGAGAACACUUCAGCAAUAUACGAGAAUGAAUAGACUCAGCCGUCUUCUUUGUGCUAAAGCCGUUCAGAGGAAGAAGAGCUUCACAACAUAAAGACAAAGCGGCUCUGAAAUGUUAUCACAUUAUUUGAAAUGCUUUUUCUAAUGUGUCAGCAAACACUUAUCAUGUACAGUGUAGUAAUACCAUGAAUUUCACAUUUUAAAAGGUCACCUAUUAUGCAAAAUCCACUUUAUCAUGUCUUUUCUACACUGUAAAAAAUGGCUGUGAAAUCCACAGUUAUUUACAGUGUUUGUGCACAGUAAAUGACUGUAUACCAUUUUAGAGUAUAAUACCGUGUUUCCAACCAAAAAUUACAGCAACUCUGGAGUUACUGUAGAAAUAGCAGUAGUAACGUCCCAACUGUAUAAAAUCACAGUAACCAACAAUGUACUGUAGAAGAUCACAGUAACCAAAAAAGAAAGAACCAACUGAAAAACCCCAUUUCUAGAAUAGCUAAAAUAUCUAAAAUAUCUUAAAUAAACCAACAUAUUUUUCUUAAUAUACAUAAUCUUGAUGCAGUGUAAUUACUAGUUUGGCUAUACUAGAUACUGUAUAUACUUAGUAGAUAUAUAUUUUUAAGACCGUAUGUCUUUGCAAACCGGAAGAACUACAAAUGUGAUGCUGAUUCAUACAAAGAAUGUGUCUUGGCAUUGCACCUUAAAAACGCAACACAGAGGAAUAAAAAUAGACAAAAGUAAGGUAAUAAUCAUCAAUUUUAUUAUUAUUGUGGCGGCUCAAUUCCCAGUCCAGUUUGAGUCGCCGAGAGGCUAAGUUUGGCUAUAGGCUGUGACGCGUUUUCAAAGAGAAAGUCCACACCGAAGUAAUAUAGUCUGACAAUAUUUAAUAAACAAAAACUAACGACAAACUAUAGGGACAAAAACGGUCAACAGAAAAAAAUAGGCUUGUUUGAGAUGAGCUGCGGCUCGCCUCGAAAGUAGACGAGAAUAGCCGAUUGCAGCUGGGGGAGGUCUCAAAAAGCUCGCCUGAAGUCGGACAGCUCGGAGUCGGCUUGACUCGGUUUGCAAUGGCGGAAAUUGCGUUGGCGUUCUUCGUUGCAGAUGAAGUGGAUGCAAUAGAAAUCCCACAAUUAUUAUAUCACUACAAAUGAAUGACUCAAGUGUCUGUUCAUUUUAAAACAAAUCAAUACAACGGGGGCUGAAUCCUACAUGUAAAAGACAGAACCACUUAUUACUUUUCAAAACUACUUCCGUCAGUGGUCUUGACCAGUUUGCAUGGUAACUCAAGAGACAAAGAAAGUAACUAAUAUAAACAAUUUUGUCAGUUAAUUUAUGUAACCGUAGCCAAAGUUUGACAGUCAGGCUGCUUAGUGAAAAAGCAAGUUAAGCUAACUGUACUUGGCUAGCUUAUCAAAAUGUCUUACACGUGUAAGGUUUGUAAGUUCAGUACAGGGUCCAUUCCUGCAUGCAUUUGGUUGUUUGUAUUCAAAGUGUUUUCAAAUAUUGUGUAUUAUCUAAGAAUAGUGAUAAUGUAUUUGCCAAACAGUGCCUUUUGUUGUGUCUCGUCAAAUGUGUUAGUUAUGUUUAUGUAUUAUGUCCGUCAUUUCAUGUUUAGUCAGGUUUUCAUGUUUAUUCACGUCAUGUCAGGUCUGUCUAUUUAUGUCAUUCAUCUCUAGUUAAGUCCCCGUGUUUCAUGUCGUGUCUCGUUUUCCAUUUCCUGUUUUAUUUUGUACUUCCCUCUUCCCUCUCAUUUCAGGCCCUGUUACUUCCUCCCUUUGUGUGUUUUCCCGCCAUCGUCAGCGUCUGCCCCGCCCCUGAUUGUUUCCACCUGUUCCCACUCACCUCAUGUUUAAAUAUUCCGGUCUUCCCCUGUUCUGUGUCAGUUUGUGUUUGUUCCCACGUGUGGUCGUGCCAGGCCUCAGCAAAGAGAGGAUCGUUUCCAGUCUUGUUAGGUUUUGUUAGUUUAAGUUCUCUUUUUAUUAUGCUUAGUUUUUUCCUCCUUGUGAGCGUUUAUUUUGUUAUUCCAGUACUUACUCUGUUAAGAGGGAUUUUCUGUUCAAUGACAUUAAAAAGACAAUUUUUGUUACAUUCAA